GUUUAGGCUACUGACAAGAAUUGUCUAGAUAGGAUAAACAAGUUGAAGACGACUUCUGGACUAGCCUCUGCUCCCAAUUAUAUACUGCUAUUGCUGUACGCGGCCCGGUCCUACAUGUGUACUGCACGUGUACCUUACUUACUCUCUACCUGUGUUCACCUUUCUCUCUUACACUCAGUCUACCUUCAACCUCCCAGAGUUAUCCUACUACUUUCUGCUAUUCUUCUCAGAAGUCAUGCCUCCAGCUCGGACGGUAAUCCGUAGCAACACUGGUUUCUCUGAUCCGGCGGAUCUCUCUCUACGAGUACUCAAAGAUCUCUCAGUCGACACUGUCGACGAUUUCGGCUCAGUGCUCCUUUCCAGCGUCAACUGGAACAAGAAGACGUUAGGCUGCCUGUCAGUCUCUCUCUCGGCAGACAACCUCAGAGUAGACGAAGCCUCGUUCCACCUACUUGGCAGUCUCUGGGACAAUAAAUCAUUCCAUGCGGCUUCCUUCUGGACUACAGUCAACCCUACUCAGUUAACUUUAUCUAUACCAGACCUCUCUAUUUUCACGUUCCCUCCUGGUACACUUUGCUCCAGCUAUCUAUCUUCUGAUGAUUGUCAGUUCAGUUUCUCUCAAAAUGGUCAAGUAGUUCCUCCUAACCUAUACCAAGCAACCGGCUUGUCAGCCUUCUGCCUCAGAUUGUUCGUGUAUCCGACUUCUGACAGCUACGCUAAAGUUAUCAUCCUAAUCUAUCCUUUCCCUUUAACGGUUUUAGCCAGUAACCCUCUCUACCUGGACCAGAACUUUCCAGGCCUGAAACUAGCAGACUACGAGUUCUCCUUAGCCCCACCUGCUCUACUCUCCCCUAUCAACGAUACCUGGGGGUUUCCCCUUGCCCCAGCAGUGUUCCCUGGAGCCGAGUGGAACGAGGACUCUAGUGUUCCGUCUGGUUUACGACUACGUAUUGCUUUAUCACAGCUGCUCAGGUCACCUAUCCUCCCAGAAAUUAAGGCCAACGUCACUGGCCUUAAACAGCGCUACGCAGUUUUACUUGAGAAGGGUCCUAGUGCUAUCAAACCUAAGUUCCCAACCCUGAUCUGGCCCCCAGCUACUACAGUCCCGCCUACAGCUCUGCCUGCUCAAGGUCGGUUUAUUAUUGCUAGCUUUCUUAACUUUAUUGUUACUCCUAACUUUAACUCAUUCAAACUUUACAGGAGCCAAUGCACUAGGAUGGGAUCAGAAGAAGUUUGA